UUAGUGGGCAUGACGGGACUGUCAUUAUUAGAUAGUAGAUAUGUUAGUGGGCAUGACGGGACUGUCUCUAGAUAAUAGGCAUGUUAGUGAGCAUGAUGGGACUGUAACUAGUUACUGGUAGUAGUCAUGUUUAGACACUGUCUCUAUCUAGAAGGCAUAUUGACACCAUCACUACACCUUCAUAUAUAUAUAUAUAUAUAUAUAUAUAUAUAUCUAUAUCUACAAUUAUAUGUGCUGACAAGACACCCACUAUGCACAAAGUUUUACCAAUAGUAAUGAAACUUUUGAAAAUCAUUGGUCCCAAAGAGGAUGAUGAACCAAUAAUCAGAAGAAUGAAGGAGAAAAUGCAUGUUGAGCUGAAUAAAAGGGCAAUCACUGAGAAAACCACAUUAAUGGGGUGUCUUAUGAACCCAUUUACUAAAGAUUUGAACUUUGCCCCAGAAUUGAGAGAACAGGCUUACAAGUAUCUACGAGAGGAAGUACAAAAUGCAUAUAAGACUGGAAUUCCUAUCAAGAUUAAGAUGGAAGACAAUGAGGAUGAACCUAUUGCAGAACCUUCACGGCCAACUCUACCAGUACUAGGACCAGAACUUGCCAAACCCAUUGCUGAAGUGGACUCUUCGGAGAAUAUAGAAACAGAGGAGCCUCAACUCAAGAAGAUAAAGUCAGCAGAUACAGAGGACUGGUUAUCUGAUAUAGUCUGCAUUGGAGAAACUCAGCCAAAUCCUGAAAUGGCCAUUGAAAAUGAACUUCAGAGGUACUUGGGAUGCAAGAUCUUAGAAAAAGACCAGAAUCUAACUGUUCUUGAGUGGUGGAAAUGUCACAAACAAUUUUAUCCUAGACUUGGAAACACUGCAAGGAAAUAUUUAGCGAUACCCGCCUCAUCUGUUUCCUCAGAGAGGGUUUUCAGUUUAUGUGGUAACCUUGUCAACAAAAAAAGAUGUAGGUUAAGUCCAAACAACAUUGACCUCCUUGUGUUUCUCAACAGAAACAUUGAGUAUUGGUGAUUGUCGGAUUGAAAUUUAUUUUCAUUUCUGAUACCGUUCUAGUUAGAAUACUUACUUUUUGUUAUUGUUACAGUUGUUACUGUUCUGUAAUUUUGACAUUGCAUAUUCAUUUCUAGUCAGUCAAUAUCAUUUUUUUUAUUUAGAGACAUUAGAGUAUUUCUAGUCAAAUGGAAAAUUUUAUUUUGUCUUGGUUGUGAACUCUGAUAUCUUUGAGACAUUGACAUUGUGAUUGUAAAUAAAUUACUUGAUAUAUUGAAAUUCUGAUUUAUUUACAUGUGAACAAAAGAAACAAAGAAGAAUUCAAAUGUUGUUUCCAUACAUGUUUAAUGAUUCGUUAUCUAUUAUGAGGGGGGAAAGUUUAGAAAAACACGGCAAUUCCGAUUAUAAUCGAUUAUAUGUGUCCGAUUAUUACCGAUAAUCGAUUAUGGUUUUCGGUCCGAUUGCCCAUCACUAAUAUGUAUAUAUACAUAUAUUUAUUUUCACUUCAUUUUUCCCUUCAUGAACAUUCCUGCUAACUGAAACUUAAGUCUGACAAACUUUCACUUUUCGAUAUAGUCUAAUUGCUGCACAUCAACACACUGGACAUAAAGAGCACAACACAGCUUUUUUGUUAAAAUGCAAUUAAAAUUUGUUAAAAUGUAAAUAUUAGAAAUGUCUUUCAAUUGUUUCAAAGUAUAUGGUUGCUAACAUGCUCCAGUCAGUAUGCUGGUGUGAAGAGCCUCACGAUACUGUAUACAGGAUAACAAAAAUAGGAUCAAAGUUCAUGUUUCUCUCAGGAACCAUGAUUGGAGGGAUAUGUGCCAUAUUGUUUGGAGUGUUGGACAGAAGUCCGGAUGGGACCACAUACAUUGUCAUGUGUUUUCUGUGUCGAACAGUUGAAGCUAUUGGAUGUUCAAUGUUUGUAACUGCCAGUUUUGCCAUUAUUGCCUGUGUGUUUCCCAAUAAUGUUGCAACCAUGUUUGGUGUGUUAGAGACAUUCAGUGGACUGGGUCUCAUAGCUGGACCGGCUGUUGGCGGUGCUCUUUAUCAGUUAGGUGGAUUUGGGUUACCCUUCUUUGUGGUUGGCUCUAUAACAGUACUUAAUGGAGUAGCUGGCUAUUUCAUGAUAGGACAUAUUGAUGAUUCUCCUAGAACAAGGUCCAAAUCCAUACUUUCCCUGCUCAGGAGUCCAUUUACAUGGUCCAUUGCCUUAUGCUUAAUAUCUGGGAGUUUUUCUCUAGGCUUUCUUGAUCCAACUUUAGCUUUACAUGUUGAUAAACUACCAGAGUUGAAAGGAAAAACAGCAUUGAUAGGACUGAUGUUUCUGAUAGCAGGCGGAAUGUACUGUUUCACCGCUCCUUUGUAUGGAUAUAUUGUUGACAAAAAGGGUUGUGUGAAGAUCAUGAUGGCAGUUGGAGGUGUAGUAGCAGCGAUUGGUUACUUAUUGAUGGGGCCCACACCUCUGAUUCCUCACUUACCAUUUGAACUCUGGUCUGUCAUUUUGUCUUUGGCACUGAUGGGACUGGGUUUAGGAUGUGCACUUAUCCCAACUUUCCGAGGCCUGUUAGAUUCAGCAAAAGAACUUGGAAUGGAAGAGAACAUGGACACGAAUGGGAUUGUUUCCGGCUUCUUUAACUUCUGCUUCUCUCUUGGAGCAUUCUUAGGUCCCACUGUUGGAGGUGUGCUUGUGGACAAAUUUGGUUUUAACUGGUCUGCAACAGGUGCUUCAGGAUUCAUAGCAACCUCAGUAAUAGUUGUUACACUCUACGGUCUCUGUAGGACUCUUAAUGAGGGAAAAACGCAAAAGAGACGAGGUUAUGAAGUUAUUAUACAUCAAUCAGCCGUUACAAGCAAUGUUUGAAUGUCCAUGCCUCCACAUGUUUUAAACCGGUUUACAUGAAGCAUAUAUUAUUAUUUUUUGUUCUGGUGCAUAAUGUAUUUACAGCAAGAUUUACAUGUAGAUAAAUCAUAUUUAUUUCAUCAUGUAUCCAUUGUAGAUUAUCAUUGCAAUUUAUUUUUGAUAUUGAAUUUAUUUUUAACUUUGAAUUAGAACAAGAGUAUACCAGUUUGAUAAUUUCUUUCAAUAUGUUGCAUGUGUUGGCAAACUACUCUAAAACGUUCUAAACUUGAAGAAGUUUAUAUGUAAAUCCUCAAGAUAUAUUAUUAUAACAUGUUGAAAUAAUCAAAUAUCUAAAUGUAUGUACAUGUAACAUUAAUUAUAAACCGAAUGAUAAACAAUUUUAGUGUCCAUCAGAUUGGUAAGCACGGUUAAUUGUUAUUGUACAAGGAAGAGAAUAGUAACUGAGAUUUUGAUAACUAUCCCAUACAUUUGAUCACUUUCUGAUUGUUUUCUUAUACAUGUCAUCAUUGCAAUGGUAAUGCAUCCCAUAAAUUUUCAAGACAUGAUAUAUAUUGUAUUUGAUUUUUUAUCGAUUUUUAUUUUAUACUUUUGUCUGUGAUCCACAAGUUGUGGCUAAUCAUACGCAUUAGAUCACUGAGGGUGCAUUUUUUCUCGAUCAUAGUACAUGUACAUGUAUUAUUUGUAAUUUUGUAUCAUGUAAAUCAGACAUUAAAUCGUUUUAUGUACUAA